AUGGCGGGCGGCAACGAGCAGACCGGCGCAGCUGUGGCUGAAAGCGCGGCACCAACGAGGACUCGGGCAGAGUCGCCAGGUGCCCAGGAAGGGAACCCGGGAUACAUACCUAGACCAAAGCGCAUUGCCUGCGUUGUUUGCAGGAAGAGAAAGCUUCGAUGCGACGGGGCAAAACCGAGCUGUGGGAAUUGUUCACGGCUGGGCCAUGACUGUGCUUAUAACGAAGUCAGGAAGAAGAGCGGUCCAAAGAGAGGAUAUGUCAAGCACUUGGAAGCCAGACUAGCGCAGGUCGAGACUCUGUUGAAGGGAGUCGAUACCGCGGAGUCAAGUCGACCAUCGCCGCCUACGAGAGCCUUUGAUAGCCAGAAUGCGCCGUUUCAGGGACGACCGAACAUGUUUCCCAUCCGUACUGCAGUUCCAAAGUCCGUCGAAGCAGACCCAAAUCUAUCCCUCGAUGGUAUGGAUAUGUUUGGAGAUAUGGGAGAUAUCCUACCCCCACCAGCUACUCUUCCAACUUCGAACAGUGCUUCUUCGAGAGAAUUCUCGUGGGAAAUGAUCGGCUUAGGGUUGGAGGAACCCUUACCGAGUCAAGAGGUUAUCGAUGAAUUGGACGAAAUAUAUUUUGAAAAGAUACACCCGUCCUCUCCCAUGAUACAUAAACCGCGCUAUUAUGCAGCAAUGAAUCUGGCACCUUCAAUGCGCCCACCGAUAUGUCUGCGGUACAUCAUGUGGGCGCAUGCGGCCGCUGCUACAGACAAAUAUGCAGACAUACAUACCCAUUUCUACGCCCGCGCUCGCAAGUACGCCGAACUAGAUCAGAUGAAAGGUCUAGGUGAGAACAUUAUAUCGGUAGCACAUGCACAAUGCUGGCUAUUGAUCGGGUGUUAUGAGUUUAAAAUGAUGUAUUUCCCCAGGGCGUGGAUGAGUACUGGUUCGGGGAUGCGGCUCUGUUUGAUGUUGGGCCUUAACCGUCAGGAUGCUCGUGGUCUAGAUGUUAAACAGGCCUUACCGCCGGCCAGAGACUGGACAGAGCGCGAGGAGAGGAGGCGGACCUUCUGGGCUGCUUUCUGUCAGGAUAGAUAUGCCUCGGCUGGUACAGGCUGGCCGAUGAGUGUGGAUGAGAGAGAUAUUUUGACAAAUCUCCCUGCAUCUGAAGAAGCAUUUGUCAACUCCGUGGAGCAGCCGACUUCAUCCCUCGCAGAGACUAUAUCCGGUCAAGAAACAAGUUCAUUAUCCCCGUAUGCAGCUACGGUACUGCUAGCAUGCAUGUUUGGCCGUAAUCUACACCAUCUUCACCGUGUCACCACUAAUGACAGGGAUCACGAUCUAAACGGCGAAUUCUGGAAACGCCAUCGUGCCCUCGACAACAUCCUACUUCACACAUCUCUCUCACUACCUAACCACCUCCGUCUACCAGAAGGCAUCAACAACUCCGAAAUCGUCUUUGGCAACAUGUGUAUCCAUGCCUCGACUAUAUGUCUUCACCAGGCUGCGAUUUAUAAGGCGGAAAAGCACAGCAUGCCUGGUCAGAUAUCCACAGAGAGUAAACGACGCUGUAUCAUCGCAGCGGAUCAAAUCACUCACAUAAUGAAAAUGGUCUCUCAUAUGGACUUAGCAAAGAUGAACCCUUUCCUUGUGUUUUGUCUAUAUGUUGCUGCUAGAGUCUUCGUCCAGUACCUCAAGUCUAGGCCCCAAGACCAAGCCGUUAGAUCUUCUCUCCAGUUCUUACUCUCGGCUAUGAACGCGCUUAAGAGAAAGAUCCCUCUGGCAGAGUCAUUCCUCGUCCAGCUAGAUGUAGAUCUGGAAGGGAGUGGGCUGAUGACAGAUGAUGGAGUGUCGAGAUUCUCAUACAGCAGUGUACACAGAUCCCCAGAGGACGAUGCUAGGCAGGCUGCCCUCCGUGCAGUGCGUUCUCAGUUUGAAAAAUGCGCUAUCGGCAUCAUCGAUAUUGCCCUUUUGGACAAGCAAAACCAGGAUCCAAAAACAUCUUCAAAGUCACCAGCAACAACCUCAUCAUCAGAUCCCCCAGGCGUAUCCAGUCAAGGGCAUCCUAAACCUAGGGGGCAACAAUUCCCUGCCCAAUCUCAAGUCUAUGGUUUAGGGAUGCCUGGAAAUAUACCCAAUAUAGGAAUACCCCAGGCACACGAUGACCAUUUCAGAUUCAUGGACUUCGAGAUAGAUGCUUCGGCUGGUGGUACCAGUACCGGAGGAAGCGAGCGCCAUCCCUCGUGCUCGGAUAAUCCCAGUCCAAACACAAAUAAAACCUCCUCAAACAGCUCGUUCUCACCAGCGCAUCUCGAUCAACCCUCCCCAAAUCAAGGUGGAAUGCAUAAUCAGAAGCCUCUUCCCCAGCAUCUUCCAUCUUCAUUGCCCUACACUACCAACAGCGCAUUUGGAGCUUCGAUGCAAAAUCCAAAUAAAACUAAUACUACACCUCUCCCACGGGAUUUCGCGGUAACCGCGUCCGAGGCUCAGUUCCAACAGGAGCUUUUCAACUUACCCGAAGGGUGGGAUUUUAUGCAACAACAGCAACAAUCCCAACCCAAUGAACCAGAUUUGAUACCCCCUACCCCUACAUCAUCAACCAUGGAAGCAGUUUUAUCUUCACUUGAAGAUAUACCAUGGUCUCAUUCUCCUGAAACCUUUAAUACUAACCAAUGGAGCCGAUAA